AAACAAAUAUUUCAUACACCAUGGAUAACGAAGACUUGGACAUGGAAGUUGUAGAGCCCGAGGAUGCUGAGAGCGACAUAGACGAUAAUGAUGAAGGUGGGGAGGAUGAGAAUAUGAAGGGAACCAAUGAAAAAGUAUAUCUUCCUAGUAAGCCGCUCAGUGCCGAUGAGGAACUGGUUUGUGAUGAAUCGGCAUAUGUAAUGUUGCAUCAGGCUUCCACAGGUGCCCCAUGUUUAAGUUUUGAUAUUAUUCCUGAUGAGCUGGGAACAGAUCGAGAACAAUUUCCCCUUACAGCUUACAUGGUGGCGGGAACACAAGCCGCUCGCACUCACAUAAACAAUUUGAUUGUUAUGAAAAUGCAUAACCUGCACAAGACACAAGCCGGAACUGAUGACAACGAAGAAGACGAGGACGAAGGUGAAUUAGAUGAUGACCAAGAUGAUGUCGGUCAUGAUGCGGAAGAAUUAAAAAAACCUCAAAUGAGUUGUGCUUUGAUUAAACACCAAGGCUGCGUCAACCGCGUGCGGUCAAAACGCCUGGGCAACUCGGUGUUUGCGGCAUCAUGGAGUGAACUUGGUCACGUGAAUAUAUGGAAUUUAUCUAAGCAAUUACAAGCAGUAGAAGAUGCUCAACUUUUAAAGCUGUAUGAACGUGAGGUCGCUAAUAACCCGGUAAAACCCGUUUUUACAUUCAGUGGUCAUCAACAGGAGGGAUUUGGUCUCGACUGGAGUCCGAUUGCUGAUGGGGUCUUGGCAACUGGCGAUUGCAAGCGAGAUGUCCAUAUAUGGUCCCCACUUGAAGACGGGACCUGGAAAGUGGAUCAACGUCCAUUGGUUGGUCACACAGCAUCCGUUGAGGAUUUGCAAUGGAGUCCAAAUGAACGAAGUGUACUGGCAUCCUGUUCAGUUGAUAAAUCAAUACGUAUAUGGGAUGUUCGAGCGUCUCCACAAAAGGCCUGCAUGCUAACGUGUGAGGAUGCCCAUGAAAGCGACAUCAAUGUGAUAUCAUGGAAUCGCACAGAACCGUUUAUUGCGAGUGGCGGCGAUGAUGGUUUUCUACACAUAUGGGAUUUGAGACAGUUCCAGACCAAACAACCUAUUGCCACAUUCAAACACCACACGGACCAUAUAACAACAGUAGAAUGGAAUCCCAAAGAUCCAACGGUUUUAGCCUCGGGAGGAGAUGAUGAUCAAAUAGCUCUGUGGGAUUUAGCGGUUGAAAAGGAUACAGAUCAGGAAUCCAACGAUGUUGACGAAGACUUGAACAAAUUGCCACCACAACUGUUGUUUAUUCAUCAGGGUCAAAAAGAAAUUAAGGAGUUGCACUGGCAUCCCCAACUACCCGGUGUCAUUUUGUGUACAGCUCAUAGCGGCUUUAAUAUCUUCCGUACAAUAAGUGUUUGAAAUAAAAUAAAGAAUCCACGGUUCAUUUGUAAAUAUGUAA